AUGGCGUCCUCCUCCACCGCCUCCUCCUCCGCCCAAUUGGGGCUCGGCCUCGGGCUAGGGUUAGGCGCGAUGGGUGGCCUGGGGCUCCUCCUCCCCGCCGACCGCGAACACGACCCGGAGCUGAAGCCGUGCUCUCCCCCCAAGGGCGUCCUACGGCUGCGCGGCGCCGUGCAGCACUACGAAUGGGGCAGCCGCGGGGACGCCUCCCUCGUCGCUCGCCUCGCCGGCGAGACAGAGGAGGGCCGCCCCUGCGCCGAGCUCUGGAUAGGCACCCACCCGGCUGCCCCGUCGUCGCUAGCAUCCGACGACGGGGGCGCGGUCUCGCUCAGGGAGUGGCUGGCGCGCAACCCCGCUGCGCUCCUCGGCCGCGCCGUCACCGCGCGCUGGGACGGCGACCUCCCCUUCCUAUUCAAGGUGCUCUCGGUGGCGAAGCCGCUCUCCAUCCAGGCGCAUCCGGACAGGGAGCUCGCCAGGGCGCUCCACGCGCUGCGCCCUACCACGUACCGCGACGCCAACCACAAGCCUGAGAUGGCCGUUGCCGUCACCGAGUUCCGCGCCCUCUGCGGCUUCGUCAGCGUCCAGGAGCUCAAGGAUGUUUUGAGGACUGUACCUGAGGUUCGAAUGUUAGUUGGCAAAGAAGAUGUUGUGAAGCUUAUGACUGCCAAAGAGCACGAUGGAGGUAUUGGAGUAAGGUCAUAUCUGCAAUCAGCUUUUACUAAGCUAAUGGCAACAAGCAAAGAAGCAGUUGCUGAAGCAAUUUCCAAAUUAAAGAGUCGCUUGAAUGGGGAGAUAAAGAUUAGAACCUUUACAGAGAAGGAGCAACUAGUUUUAUCACUAGAGCAGCAGUACCCAGGAGAUGUUGGCGUUUUAUCAGCAUUUUUCUUUAACUAUGUUAAGCUCAGCCCUGGUGAAGCACUUUACAUUGGUGCCAACGAACCACAUGCAUAUCUAUCAGGAGAGUGUGUUGAAUGCAUGGCUACCUCAGACAAUGUAAUUCGUGCUGGUCUGACUCCUAAGUACAAAGAUGUCCAAACUCUUUGCUCCAUGCUGACAUACAAGCAGAUGUUCCCCGAAAUUUUGCAAGGUGUUCUGGUUCAGCCAUAUGUAAUUCGUUACACACCCCCAUUCGAUGAGUUCGAAGUUGAUCGCUACUUACUACCUCAAGGUGAAUCGGUUACCAUGUUACCAGUGCCUGGCCCAUCCAUCUUCCUCGUCAUGACUGGGGAGGGCGAGAUCCAGGCUGAUGGCAUGCCUGACGAAGGAGUAGCAAAGGAAGGGGAUGUUUUCUUUGUGCUGGCACGCACGGAGGUGAAGCUUCACGCUUCUGGCCCUGGGUGCUUGCAGCUGUACAGAGCCGGAGUAAACAGCAGAUUCUUCUGUUGA